AACGCUCAACCGUCUUUAUUCAACUUUACAACUCGAGCUGAGCUGACCUGCUCCUGAAAAAGCUCAACUCUUCUGCCGCUUUUCGAGUGACUUAAACCAGACCUCAUCAUGGUGUCAAUGGGACGACAGAUGCUGGGCUUUGCCCUGGGCAUCAUUGGCUUCCUGGGGACCAUCAUUGUGUGCGCCCUGCCCAUGUGGAAGGUCACCGCUUUCAUCGGGGCCAACAUCAUCACAGCGCAGGUCAUCUGGCAGGGCUUGUGGAUGAACUGCGUGGUGCAGAGCACGGGCCAGAUGCAGUGCAAGAUCUACGAUUCCCUGCUGGCUCUACCCGAGGACCUCCAGGCGGCCAGGGCCCUUGUGGUCAUCUCCAUCAUCGUCGCUGCCUUUGCGGUCAUCUUGGGCGUUAUCGGAGGCAAGUGCACCAACUUCGUGGAGAAGGAGCACUCCAAGGCCAAGGUGGCCAUUGCCGCUGGAAUUGUCUUCAUUUGCGCCGGCGUACUCAUCCUCAUCCCCGUCUCCUGGUCCGCCAACACCAUCAUCAGGGAUUUCUACAACCCCCUCAUAACCAACGCCCAGAGGAGGGAGCUGGGAGCCGCGCUCUACAUCGGCUGGGGCACAGCCGGGCUUCUCAUCCUGGGUGGUGCCCUCCUCUGCAGCUCCUGCCCACACAAAGACAGCUCAGAGUAUCCAGUCAAGUACGCCGGCGCCAGGUCCGCAGCCACCAGCCGAGAAUAUGUCUGAGAGGUCCGUUCUCUCUUAUUAUCUUAGUUUGUAUGAGAGAUCCUCCUUCUUGUGAAUUUCUGUCAGCACCACAAGUUUCUUUUUUUCUUAAAGUGACCGAGAGACUGAGUACCGAUUUUUUUGAGAAAUUCAGAUUUAUUUGAGGUGUUUCUUGCUGAACAAGAAACCCCGUGCAAACGAUGUGGUGUGAAGAAACGUCUCCCAGCAGCAUGCUGACUGGACUGAAUGAGAGCUGUUCUCUAUAAAGCUUGUAUCAAACCCAUUUCUUCUCUGUAAAUGCAAAUCGAAGCUGUGCUAGGACGAUGUUAACGGUCAACAAGGGCUAUGAUAGCAGGAAGCUUGUACAGUACCCUUGAUGUAUUGUGAAUUUACUGUAUAAAAUAUUUUACUCAUAUCUUUGGUCAAAUGCAAUAUCAAAAGACUGUUUUUAUAUAAUAAAACAUUGAAGUGA